GGUCAACAUAUUGCGCAACUACCAUUCCGAGAAAAAAAAUAUUGUUUCCGCUAGCUGCUGAGCUCAUUGAUGUUUCUCUCCCGGCCGCUUACACGUACAAUCUUUUGCCGCAAAGCAGCUGUCCGGCUUUCAACAAGGCGCGCACAGCAAUUCUCGUGCUCAGCUAUCACCACAGCCAUGAACAGCGAUCUAAACAAUACAGCGGCAGAACGCACGAGAGCAGAAAUCGCAGUAGAUCCCCAGUACCGGCAUUCGUCUUUUGCAAUACCUGCGCACGAAGAUGAUGCCUCGAUUCGUCAAGCAUAUCGACCUUUUUUGCUGGAUGCCCAACACGCAGAUAACGAUUGGAUCGCUAGGCUCGAGCUCAGCACAGCGUUGAAAGUAGUGGAUGAACAGGUGAUGAAGAAUGGCGGGGACAGGAUCAAAGUCCUCGUGCUAUACGGCAGUAUGCGAGAACGAUCAUAUUCUCGACUGCUCGCUUAUGAAGCCAGCCGUAUCCUAUUCCGACUUGGCUGCGACGUGCGCGUGUUCAAUCCCACGGGGCUCCCCGUCAAGGACGACGUGCAACACUCGCAUGAAAAAGUACAAGAACUGCGGGAACUGAGCAAGUGGAGUGACGGACAUGUUUGGGUUAGUCCCGAGCAGCAUGGGAAUCUUACGGCCGUCUUCAAAAAUCAAAUCGACUGGAUCCCAUUGUCCACGGGCUCCGUGCGACCCACGCAGGGCCGCACCCUCGCCAUUGCCCAAGUCAACGGCGGCUCACAAUCUUUCAAUACUGUCAACUCACUACGUAUCCUUGGCCGCUGGAUGCGCAUGUUCACGAUACCCAACCAAAGCUCUAUUCCCAUGGCUUACAAGCAAUUCACGGAUGCGGAUGCUCCAGACGACGGAGGAAGUAGGCUAAUGCCGAGUGGUAAUCGAGAUAGAUUGGUGGACUGUAUGGAAGAGUUUGUCAAAUACACACUCGUCAUGCGGCCGCAUUUUGAUUUAUUUGGAGAUCGGUAUAGCGAGAGGGAAGAGAAGAGAAUAAAGGACGAGAAAAAGAAAGAGGAAGAGCAGAAGGGGAAAGACGUCGUGAACAACGUCUCAUUGACGGACAUAUGAUGCACGAUUGACCUGGCGGUUAGCUGGUUUCCUUGUUGGGCAAAUAUACUUAGACCGGGAAAGGGUCGAGUUGUUGUAAAAAGAUAUGCGCUUUUCAGACAUGGGGAUCAAAGAUUGCGCGUUUUUAUUGAAGAAUAAGAAUGCGCGACAGUUUCAAACACGGUAAAGUCAUGCACGAAGCAGUGAUAUCUCUCUAGUUUGCAGGGAAUAAUAGCUACACACAAUCAUGCUCUAUACAGACUAUGAAUCUUUUCCUCGGAAGCUAGAAG